AUGCCUCCUUCCAAGGGCAAGAAGAAAAACCCGUCGGCGUCGCCGCGGCCGUCCCCACGCACGCCUCCAUCUCGCUCCUCCGCCGCUGGCUCCGGAACGGGCGACGGCGAGAGAAGCGUCGACCUCCCAUCCAUCGCCGCCGCCGCCGCCGCAGCGCAGUUCCCGGCGCUCGUGCCACGCGGCGGCGAUGGCUGCUUCGCUGGCACCGUCACCGAAGUGGCCCCCAGGGACGGGAGCCGCGGCGGCCGCUUGGGGAGGCUCUGGCUCUCCGAGGCCGCUAUGGUCGGCGCCGGGAUGCGGCCCGCGUGCCUCGUCUCCGUCUCACUAAUUUCGACAAGCAGUGAUCAGUUAGAUGCUUUCCCACUAGUUAAUUUAUUUGAGGAGUGCAGCAGAUUCUUUGAUCUUGAUCUGGACAAUGAUCUCCUGCAUGGUGAAGCUGGGAAAAACUUUGUGGUUGCUACAGUUCUCCCGUCGCGUGAGGUUCCAAAGAAUGGUAUCAAGCUCUCUUGGGAUCUUGCUUGUGUUUUGGGACACCCUUUGGUAGGUCGAUCGUUGUUUAUUAGCCCCUUGUGUACACUUCAGGCCCCAAGGAAUAGUGAUGAUAUUCAUAUUUUGCGGGUAAUGAAAUGUAAGAAUCUUUAUCUUAGCCUAGUUCCACCUAAUAUUGGAUCUUCCAAUGGCAUUGAAUCAGAGUCUGACUACCAUCCUGAAAGAAGCACAAUGGUUAUGGAGACACCUAAGAGAGGCCCUUCAACUCCACUGCAUAAGAGGGAAUCUAAUCACUUUCCUUCCAAUAGUGGCUCUUCAAUGUGCUUGGAUCCAACCACUGCGAGAUCAGCACUAGCAGAUGAGAAAGUUAAUGAGUUGUUGCAUACUUCAGCAGUACGGUGGCUUAAUGGUAGACACUUGCUUAAAGGAAACUUUGUUCCUCUCUCAAUAUGCGGAAAACUGUCUUUGUUUGUGGUCAUGGGAGCAGAACCAGAUAGUUCUUCUCAAGAUGUUUCAUGUGAGAAAGGGAAUACACUGUCUAAUGCAGAGGAUUCAACUAAAUCUGGUGAAACCCCAGUUUUCUUCCUUGUUGACGGAACCACAAAAGUUCAUUUAUCUGAUUCUGUCAGCACAAAGCAGCUUGGCUCAGAUAAGCCGGGUUUACCAUCAGAACUUUAUGAGUAUGAUGACAAAAGAAAUGAAGAUUUCAAUCAUGCUCCAACACUUGGUGGGUUAUCUAAAGAGUCAGCAACCAUAAAAGGAAUAAUUUCAUUUUCACUAGCUGAUCAAAUUGGUCUGCCAAGAUACAAAGGUAUUCUUCUUUAUGGUCCACCUGGAACAGGGAAAACCUCUCUUGCUUCUUCCUGUGCCUAUGAUGCAGGGGUCAACCUUUUUACAAUCAAUGGACCAGAGAUCAUUAGUCAUUAUUACGGAGAAAGCGAGCAAUCUCUGUAUGAUGUUUUCAGUUCAGCCAAGCAAGCGGCACCUGCUGUGAUAUUUAUUGAUGAAUUGGAUGCAAUUGCUCCAUCAAGGAAGGAUGGGAGUGAGCAGUUAUCUAUUAGAAUGGUAGCCACUCUGUUAAAACUGAUGGAUGAGAUUGGCCCUAGUGAUCGUGUUCUCUUGAUUGCUGCUACAAAUCGGCCUGAUAGUAUUGACCCCGCAUUGCGACGUCCUGGAAGAUUGGAUAAAGAAAUUGAAAUAGGAGUGCCAUCCCCGGGACAGAGGAUUGACAUACUUCGCCGCCUUCUAAUUGGAGUUCAUCACUCUCUCAGCAAUGAAGAACUUGAGUCUGUUGCUCUAGCGACCCAUGGAUUUGUGGGUGCUGAUCUAGCAGCACUAUGCAAUGAGGCUGCAUUGAGUGCUCUGCGGCGUUACAUCAGCCUAAAGGAAAAUUCAACUCAACCACUUGGUCAUCCUGGCUGUAGUUUUGAGAAGUGUAAGAGUCAGGAUACUGAAGAUCCAAGCUCAUUAUCGUCAUCUUUCUUACAGUUGACCAUAUCAUCAGAUGAUGUUGCCUGCAUGAAGGGUGGUAACAUAAAAAGUAGUGAGUCUUAUGAUGAUACAUAUGAAAUACCACUAUUAGUAACCAUUAAGGAUUUUGACAAGGCUAAAACAAAAGUUAGACCAAGUGCAAUGCGCGAGGUUCUUCUUGAGCUUCCGAAGGUACGUUGGGAAGAUGUUGGUGGUCAGUUCAGUGUCAAGGAGCAGCUAAUUGAAGCUAUCCAAUUACCACAAAAAUGCCCAGAAGCAUUUGAACGUUUAGGGAUCCGACCCCCUAGAGGAUUACUAAUGAUAGGACCGCCAGGUUGCAGCAAGACUUUGAUGGCUCGUGCUGCAGCUUCUGAAGCAAAAUUGAACUUCCUUGCUGUUAAGGGUCCUGAACUUUUCAGCAAAUGGGUCGGUGACUCAGAAAAGGCAGUGAGAUCGCUAUUUGCAAAGGCAAGGACUAAUGCACCGGCAAUAUUAUUUUUUGAUGAAAUAGAUGGGCUUGCAGUAACUCGUGGGCAAGAAAAUGAUGGCACGUCUGUUGCUGAUAGGGUCCUCAGUCAGUUGCUUGUGGAAAUGGAUGGUUUGGACCAGAGAGUUGGCGUUACUGUUAUUGCAGCUACAAAUCGUCCUGAUAAAAUUGAUCCUGCACUUCUGAGGCCAGGUCGCUUUGAUAGGGUGCUGGAUGUGCAACCACCAAACGAAGCUGACCGUGCAGAUAUUUUCUGGAUUCACACACGCAGCAUGCCAUGCAGUGCUGACAUGAAUCUAAACGAACUUGCUAGACUCACAGAAGGCUACACUGGCGCCGACAUAAAGCUCAUCUGCAGGGAAGCUGCUGUUGCCGCACUUGAUGAGAGGUUUGACAUCCGAGAAGUAGCAAUGAGACAUUUCAAGUCUGCGGUCAGCAGAACAAAACCAUCAGAUGUCAAGUUUUUCCAAGAACUUGCAAAGCAAUUUCGCCGAUCGUUGACUUCACUGAGGAAGCAGUAA